AUGGCUAGCAAGGCGGAGAAGAAAUUAGCAGCGGACCUUCUGACGCGACGACGAGCGUGUGCCGAGCGAGAUGUGGUGGAGAAGUUCAUUGCGGAGUACACCUAUGAACGGGAUUGUUGCCAGGUUGCGGUGCGUUUGGAGGCGCUAAACAAGUGCAACGAGCUGUUCCUGAACGUGCAGAAUGAUAUUGAGCUGGGCGAUCACGAAGAGAGGUUUGAAGGUCAUCUAGAGUUUCGGGCGGAUUUUGAGGAUCGAUUCUGCAGGGCGAAAGGUUUUUUGCUGUCCAAACUGGAAAGUAGGGAGCAUCCGUUGAGUUCGACGAUCAUGCACGCAUCGUCUUCACACAACAUGUCUGCUAGUUUCCACCAUCGUUUGCCGAAAAUCGAUCUGCCGAAGUUCAGCGGAGAUGAGUCGCGUUGGAUCUCGUUUCGUGAUAACUUUAUCUCAAUGAUCCACUGCAACGAAGAUAUUCCGAUCGUGAACAAGCUGCAAUAUCUUCUACAGUCACUGGAGGGAGAAGCUAAGAAGCCGUUUGAGUCUGUGGACAUCCAAGCGGACAACUAUUCGUCGACAUGGGAUGCACUGAAGAAGCGGUACGAUAAUAAACGGUUUCUCAGGAAGGAAUUGUUUCGAGGCCUGUACAAUCUCCCAUCGAUAAAGCGUGAGUCAGCACAGGACCUCAACACUCUGGUUGAUGACUUUCAGCGACAUGUCAAGGCAUUGGGAAAAUUGGGCGAGCCAGUAGAGCACUGGGACACUCCACUUAUUUUCAUUCUUUCGAAUAAAUUGGAUGCAGCAACGAUCCGCGCUUGGGAGCAAGAUACUCGUCAAAAGGACGAAGUAAAGUACGACGAGCUCAUCGAUUUUUUGAUCCAACAUGUUCGAAUGCUGAAAUCCGUUGCCAGUGAUCUGCAGCACCGUUCAACAGUGUUGACUGUUUCCAGGGUGGCCGGACAAACACCGAAGAAGCCGUCAGCGAUCAAAUCCGUCGUCAACGCAGCAACAUCCGAGUCACAAUCCAGCACACAACAGUGUCACUGUUGUUCCAAAACGCACCCUUUGUACCAGUGUCCAGCAUUCAAGAAGCUGUCGAUCUCCCAGCGGCGAGAACUAGUUACGAGGCACAGUCUUUGCCGAAACUGCUUCCGUUCAAAUCACCAGGCACGAGCGUGCAAGUCGAAGUUUGUUUGUAGAAACUGCCAAGCUAAGCACCACACUAUGUUGCACGAUCAACCAGCCCCGCAACCCACGUCGGCGAUUCAAGGCACCAGUGGUUCACUCAGCCCGCCAGCAAUCAACUUAUCUGUGCAUUCCAACUCGACGGUUCUACUGGAAACAGUUGCGCUUCUAGUGGUCGAUCGGUAUGGAAGGCAAAUUCCAGCACGCGCUCUUCUGGAUUCUGCAGCGAUGUCUAACUUUAUUACGAAGAAGCUGGCGAACGAGCUCGCCACUAGACAAAGCCCCGUGGACAUCUCAGUUGCGGGAAUAGGAGAGUCCGUCAAGCGCAUCAAGCACCAGCUAACGGCCAAGAUAGUUUCCAGGAACAGUGACUUCUCCACCACACUCGAUUUUCUAGUUAUGAGGAAGCCGACAUCAAAUCUGCCCACAAUACCUAUCGACACAUCUACGUGGAACAUUCCUGAAGUGCCUUUGGCGGAUGUCCAUUUCAAUGUUCCAGCUACGAUCGAUAUAAUCAUCGGUGGAGAGUGCUAUCACGAGCUCCACACCGGCGUUCGCCAAUCUCUUGGCAACGGAUUCCCGUUCUUGGUGGACACACACUUUGGCUGGACAGUUUCCGGCAAGGUAACGACCGGCUCCACCACCGCACCACGAGCGUGCUACAUCUCCGCCGUUGACCAGAACUUGGACUGUACUCUGGAACGUUUCUGGGAGCUGGACACCGUCGAUGAAGGCCAAAACCUCUCAGCAGAAGAACGGAAGUGCGAAGAGAUUUUUGCCAGCACCACCACUCGAAAUCACGAUGGAAGGUACGUCGUACGGCUGCCCCGGACUGAUGAUUCCCAGAUCACCCUUGGAGACUCUCGCAUGAUCGCAAUUCGCCGGUUCUACAGCUUAGAACGCCGCCUACAGCGAGAUGACUCCACCAAAAUGGCCUACCACAAAUUCAUCGAAGAAUACGCACAACUUGAACACAUGUUUAAGAUAGAUCCUGUCGUCGAUAACAAACCACACUGCUAUCUGCCACAUCACCCGGUCUUCAAGGAAGCCAGCACAACCACCAAGGUACGCGUGGUAUUCGACGCUUCUUGCAAGACCACAUCCGGGUAUUCGCUGAACGAUAUGCUGCUCGUCGGUCCGGUCGUCCAACAGGAUCUGCUGUCCAUCACCCUUCGAUUCCGUACAAAGGCCAUCGCUCUUGUGGCGGACAUUGAAAAAAUGUACCGUCAAGUUAAUUUACAUCCCGAUGAUCAGCCCUUUCAUCGAAUCCUUUGGAGGGAGAACCCUUCUGAACCGUUGGAUACUUACGAACUCCGCACCGUUACUUACGGAACCGCUUCAGCUCCGUACCUGGCAACUCGUGUUUUGAAGCAGCUAGCCAUUGAUGAAGGAGAUAGGUUCCCAGUCGCAGCCGAAGCCAUCGAUGACUACUACAUGGAUGAUUUACUAUCCGGUGCCAACGAUCUAGAGUCCGCUAUACAAAAACGCCGCCAGAUGUCCACGAUGUGUCAGUCUGCCGGAUUUCAGCUGAGAAAGUGGGCUUCUAACAACCGAUCGGCUCUUGUAGACGUUCCAUCUGCAGACCUUGCCAUCGAUCCACUGCAUGACUUGAACGAAGAUCAAUCGGUAUCGACUCUCGGCCUAGUUUGGGAUACUCGAACUGAUAUGCUGCGGUUCAACAUCAACCUUCCACUUCCUGCGUCGGUGCUGACCAAGAGGAAAGUAAUCUCCUACAUAGCGAGGAUUUUCGAUCCGCUGGGCCUCGUCGGGCCAGCUAUAACACUGGCCAAGCUGUUCAUGCAACAGUUGUGGCGACUUAGAUCAGAAAAGGACGAACCGUACGAUUGGGAUCGGCCUCUGCCUUCGAAGCUGCAGGAGGAGUGGAAGCAGUUCCAUGCAACGCUCUACAUUUUAGCCGAUAUUCGAAUUCCUCGGUUUGUCAACGGAUAUGCAGAUUGUUCGAUCCAGCUCCAUUUCUUCUGUGACGCAUCUGAAGCUGCAUAUGGAUCUUGUUGCUUCGUUCGUUCCGAGUUUGCUGGCGAAAUCAGAGUGCGGUUGUUGACCUCCAAAUCCAAGGUUGCUCCUUUGGCCAAGAAACAUUCGAUUGCACGUUUGGAGCUAUGCGCAGCUGUUCUAUCCACAAAGUUGUUCCGGAAGGUACAAGGCGCGAUUGGGUCAUCAGAACACGUUUAUUUCUGGUCUGACUCAACCACAGUCCUCCAAUGGUUGAGGUCGCCACCGCAUCGAUGGAGAACCUUUGUUGCCAAUCGCGUUACUGCUAUCCAGACUGGCACUGAAGGUUUCAAUUGGAGACACGUCCCGGGAGUGCAGAAUCCAGCCGACGAACUUUCUCGUGGACUACAGCCCUCCGAUCUUCUCAACCAAGCUCGAUGGUGGAACGGUCCAGAUUGGCUGUCGUCGUCAUCGGAAUAUUGGCCACGAUGUGUUUUGCCGGAGAAUGAUUCACCAGAGGUCGCUGAAGAAAGUCCUUCUCGACUCAACCGGGUAACAGCCGCUUGUAUCAAAUACAUCAAGGCACUCCAAGCUGCAGCUAUAAGGAGGAAAAAUCAACUAGUUACGCCGUUCCCUACACCCAAUGAGUUAGCGAUCGUCUACCUUUCAGCUGAAGAUUUAGCCGAGGCAGAUCGUGCGCUGCUCCGAUUAGCCCAGUCACAGCUAUACGCGGAAGAGCUCUCCGAGUUCCAAAACCCCAAACGUACAAGAAAUCCGCUGUCGUCGCAGUUACGAUACCUACGUCCUUUCCUCUGUGAUGAUGGUAUUAUUCGCGUUGGUGGUCGCCUAAGGAAUGCAGACGUUGCGCAGAGUGUCAAACAUCCAGCAGUUCUCUCGGCUAAGCAUCCACUGGCAAGGCUUAUUACGGAGCAUUACCAUCGAACGCUUUUGCAUGCUGGACCGCAGCUGAUGAUUGCCACUAUUCGCCAAAGAUACUGGAUUCAUGGAGGAAGAAAUUUAGCUCGCCAAACGUACCAUGGCUGUAUGAAAUGCUUUCGGCAGAAGCCGACCCUCGUUGAGCAAAGCUCCGCAGAUCUACCAAAAUCCCGUGUGAUCCAAGAUCGUCCAUUCGCUGUGUGUGGAGUCGACUAUUUCGGGCCCAUUUUUAUCAAGUCACCGAUUCGUCGUCAUGGUCCAACAAAGGCAUAUGGUGCCAUUUUCGUAUGUUUCGUUACGAAGGCCGUUCACAUUGAGUUGGUGUCGGAUCUGUCAACGCCCGCCUUUCUAUCAGCACUUCGUCGCUUCGUUGCCCGUCGCAGUCGCCCGAGGGAAAUUCAUUCGGACAACGGAACAGCUUUCAAAGGUGCAUCGAACGCUCUUCACCGAUUGUACGACAUGCUGAAGAAAAACAGCGAAGACAGGGAGCAGAUAUUCAACUGGUGUGCAACGGAAAGAAUCCAGUGGAAAUUCAUUCCCCCGCGAGCUCCGCAUUUCGGUGGAUUAUGGGAAGCUGCAGUGAAGUCUGCCAAACACCAUAUUCUACGUGAGAUAGGACACACGAACAUGAGCUACGAGGACAUGACCACACUGCUCGCUGAAGUGGAGAUGUGCCUUAAUUCACGUCCAAUCACCCCGAUCCCGACGGAAACCGAUGAUCUCGAGGUGUUAACUCCAGGACACUUCCUUGUGGGCACCAACUUGCAAGCCGUUGACGAUGUGGAUGUUACUGCAAAGCCCGACAACCAUCUCGACCAUUGGAAGCUCACCACAAAACGGAUGCAGGGUAUCUGGGCUCGUUGGUAUCCCGAAUAUCUCGCCCAACUACAAACUCGCGCUAGGAAGGGGAGCAAAUCGGCGGUUCCGGUGGAGGUUGGAAAAAUCGUGGUAAUCAAGGAAGACAACUUACCACCAGCCUUGUGGCCACUAGGUCGCAUCACAAAACUUCAUCCCGGCCGAGAUGGAGUUGUUCGUGUUGUGGGACUGAAGACAGCCAAGCGUGAUGACGUCGUCAGAGCGGUGAACCGGAUAGCCAUCUUACCCACCGCCAGCAUCCAAGACGUUGACCCGACAACCACCGAAGAUUAG